AUUCCCCCUUCCCUUCGCCAUCAUCCUCAACCCUCAGGCGCGCACUCCUUUCAUCAUCAAGAGGGAACAUCUCGACUAAUCGAGAUAAAACUUUGCGUUCUACGCGACUCUCUUUGUCAUUCUUGACACCCUUUCUUCCCCAUUUCGCAGACGAUUCCCUCCCCAGUUCAAACGACCCUCUCCCUCCCUGAAACGAUGUCUGGCUACGAAGGCGGAUACGGCGGCGGUGGUCGCGGCGGCGGCGGCUACGGUGGUGGUGGCUACGGCCGUGAUCGCAGUGAUCGUGGUGACCGCAAUGGUCACGGUGGUGGUGGUUACGGAGGCCGAAACAACGGAUAUGGUAACGGUGGUGGCUAUGGCGGCGGCGGUGGUGGUGGUGGUUAUGGAGGAGGCGGCUACGGAGGCGGCGGCGGCGAUCGCAUGGGCGGCCUCGGCGCUGGCCUCAAGCAACAGGAGUGGGAUGUUGCCACCAUGCCCAAGUUCGAGAAGUCUUUCUACAAGGAGCACGAAGACGUCGCGACCCGAACCGACGCCGAGGUUGAGGCCUUCCGUCGUAAGCACCAAAUGACGAUUGCCGGCAGCAACGUCCCCAAGCCCGUCGAGACCUUUGACGAGGCUGGUUUCCCCCGAUAUGUCAUGGAUGAGGUCAAGGCCCAGGGUUUCCCUGCUCCCACCGCCAUUCAGUCCCAGGGUUGGCCCAUGGCUCUUUCGGGUCGCGAUGUCGUCGGUAUUGCCGAGACCGGUUCCGGAAAGACCCUCACCUACUGCCUUCCUUCCAUCGUCCACAUCAACGCCCAACCCCUCCUCGCCCCCGGCGAUGGUCCUAUUGUCCUGGUCCUCGCUCCCACUCGUGAGCUUGCUGUCCAGAUCAAGCAAGAAAUCGACAAGUUCGGUCGAUCAUCUCGCAUCCGCAACACUUGCGUCUACGGUGGUGUUCCCAAGGGUCCUCAAAUCCGUGACCUCUCCAGGGGUGUUGAGGUCUGCAUUGCCACUCCUGGCCGUCUGAUUGAUAUGCUCGAGGCUGGCAAGACCAACCUUCGCCGAGUCACCUACCUUGUGCUCGACGAGGCUGAUCGCAUGCUGGACAUGGGUUUCGAGCCCCAGAUCCGCAAGAUCAUCAGCCAGAUCCGACCCGAUCGACAGACUCUGAUGUGGUCUGCUACCUGGCCCAAGGAGGUUCGCGCCCUCGCUACCGACUUCCUCCAGGACUUCAUCCAGGUCAACAUUGGUUCCAUGGACCUCGCUGCCAACCACCGAAUCACUCAGAUCGUCGAGGUUGUCACCGACAUGGAGAAGCGUGACCGCAUGAUCAAGCAUCUUGAGAAGGUGAUGGAGAACAAGGAGAACAAGAUCCUCAUCUUUGUUGGCACAAAGCGUGUCGCCGAUGACAUUACCCGAUUCCUCCGCCAGGAUGGCUGGCCCGCGCUUUCCAUCCACGGUGACAAGCAACAGAACGAACGUGACUGGGUUCUCGACCAGUUCAAGUCGGCAAAGUCCCCCAUCAUGGUGGCCACAGACGUGGCCUCGCGUGGUAUUGAUGUGCGCAACAUCACUCAUGUGUUGAACUACGACUACCCCAACAACUCGGAGGAUUACAUUCACCGAAUUGGCCGUACUGGCCGUGCCGGUGCCAAGGGUACCGCCAUUACCUUUUUCACCACUGACAACCAAAAGCAAGCUCGUGACCUCGUCAACGUUCUCCAGGAGGCCAAGCAGCAGAUCGACCCCCGUCUUGUUGAGAUGACCCGCUACGGCGGAGGCGGUGGCCGCGGUUACGGUGGAUGGGGACGUGGCCGCGGCGGUGGCAGAGCCAACGCCAACAACAUGCCCAUCGGUAACCGUCGGUGGUAAAGCCUGCCAUCUUGAGGCCUCCCUGGGCCUCGUUCACGACACGGACCAAGCAAGAUGCCUAGCAUUCCCUUCCCGGAUCAUGGUAUCCCAUAAAAGUAUAUGACACCCACGGCGUUUGUUAGUUAGAGGACAGGUGGUUCGACUAGACUUUGACUCGUAGUUUGCGAGUCUGGAUCACGGUUUGCCUGCGGACCAAUUUGGUGACGCAUUGUUUGUGGCAGUCUUUUUUUUUUAUCUAUUUUUUCUUCGUCUUGUUUGUUACUCGGAGGUAAUGGCUCUAGAUUGGGAUGAUGAUAUCGGCUCGAGAGGCAUGACAAGACUCGACCGAGAUACGGGGGAAACAUAAUCGUAUUGGAGGCCUUCCGUCGUCAAGGAGGUCGAUGACAAUUUCGAUGAAAUUGGAGCGGCAAAUGUUCAAUAGACUAUUGUAGUUGAUACAAAUGACAGAGCCUG